UUAGAGAGUAAUGCGUCUUUUGGGGUAAAGCUCCCCAGCCUUGUGAGGAUAACGUGACUGCAGUCGUUUUUAUUUGACGCAAAAAUGAUAUGGUCAGACAGAGCGGAUUCUGCGUGGCUGCGUAUUCCGUUUGUCUUCCUGUGCUGCUGGGAUUUGGUGUGUGGACAGAUAUCCUACUCCGUGUCAGAGGACGUAAAGCAGGGCACCUUCGUUGGAAAUAUUGCAAAGGAUUUAAAUCUCAACGUGCAUGAACUGGAGUCGCGAGCGUUUCAGAUCGUCUCCGGAUCCAAGAAAAAAUAUUUUGAGGUAAAUUUAAAAACAGGAAUUCUUUUUGUGAAUGAGAGAAUAGACAGAGAGGAGCUGUGUCCCGACGCGUCUGUGUGCUCCGUGAACUUAGAAGCUCUUAUUAAUAGCCCUCUGAAUCUCUUUCGUGUUGACAUACAAAUACUGGAUAUAAAUGAUAAUACUCCAGUCUUCCCCGUCCAUUCACACGAUUUAAGUAUCGCUGAAUCUGUUGUCCCUGGUGUAAGAUUUCCUUUACCAAGUGCAAAUGAUCCUGAUGUAGGCAGUAACUCGGUAAAGAGCUACAAGCUGAGUCCGAAUGAGCACUUCUCCCUGGAUGUACAGAGCGGUGGAGAGCAGAGUGUGUCUGCUGAGUUGGUGCUGCAGAAAGCUUUAGACCGAGAGAAACAGCCUGUGAUUGAGCUCCUACUGACUGCUGUUGACGGAGGAAAACCUCCCAGAUCCGGGACUUUACAGAUAGUAGUGCAUGUGAUGGACAUUAACGACAAUACUCCUGUUUUUAGUAGCGCUUUGUAUAAAGUGAGGGUGCCUGAAAAUGCAGCUCGAGGAACAUCACUGAUUGUUGUCAAUGCAACAGAUAUGGACGAAGGCUUGAACGGCGAAAUAGAAUAUUCCUUAAUUACGCAUGGAGAUAAAGGCAUACUGAGUAUUUUCAACAUAAAUGUAACGUCUGGGGAAAUAACUCUCAAAGGUGAAUUAGAUUUUGAAAAAACAAGUGCCUAUGAGAUUCGUGCGCAAGCCCGGGAUAGAGGCCAGAUCCCUCUCGCAACUCACUGCAAAGUGCUGGUGGAAGUUUUAGACAUUAACGACAACUGGCCCACCAUCGCCAUUUCGUCCCUCUCAGACACCAUAAAGGAAGAUUCAAAGACAGGCACAACUGUCGCCCUAUUUGCAGUGUCAGAUAAAGACGGGGGUAAAAACGGAAAUGUUCAUUGUCGCUUGCAUGGCACCUUGCCGUUUAAACUCCAGUCCUCCUAUAAGAACUAUUACUCUUUAGUGGUGGACGGGCCGCUGGACAGAGAGAGCGCUUCUCAGUACAAUGUGACCAUCAUAGCUACAGAUGAAGGUUCUCCGCCUCUCUCCAGCACCAGCGUUAUUACUGUACACGUUUCUGAUGUGAAUGACAACGCGCCGCGCUUUCCGGAGCCUGAGAUUAACGUGUAUGUGAAAGAAAAUAGUCCUGUUGGAAGUGUGAUAUGUACAGUGUCUGCGUUUGAUUCUGAUGAAAACGAAAAUGCCCGAGUAUCUUACUCUUUACUGGAAAUCUCGUCAAACCCUGUAUCAGUUUCAGCUAAAGUCAAUGUAAACUCAGUGAGUGGACAAAUUUACAGCCUACAGUCUUUUAACUACGACGAAGUAAAAACCUUCCAGUUUCAAGUUCAGGCCACAGACUCUGGUGUCCCUCCACUCAGCAGCAACGUGACUGUGAACGCUUUUAUCUUGGAUGAGAAUGACAACAGUCCUAUGGUUCUGCCGCCCUAUUCUGAUCAGGGCUCCGUUAAUACUGAGAACAUUCCCUAUUCUGCUGAAGCAGGCUACUUUGUGGCCAAGAUCAGGGCUGUUGAUGCAGACUCUGGCUACAAUGCGCUGCUUUCUUAUCACAUCGCCGAACCCAAGGGAACCAGUCUUUUCCGAAUCGGAACCAGCACCGGGGAAAUAAGGACCAAGAGGCGGAUGAGUGACAAUGACUUGAAGACGCAUCCGUUGAUCAUUUUGAUAUCUGAUCACGGAGAACCUUCCCUGUCAGCGACUGUGUCUAUUGAUGUUGUGGUUGUUGAAAGCACAGGUGAAAUACAGACAUCAUCCAGACAGUUGCCGGCAAAGGAGCAAAGUUUCUCCGAUUUGAAUCUGUAUUUGCUGAUCGCCAUUGUCUCCGUGUCAGUUAUAUUUUUACUGAGUCUCAUUAGUUUAAUAGCUGUAAAAUGCCACAGGACGGACGGCGGUUUGAGUAGAUACAGCGCCCCAGUGAUCACCACACACCCUGACGGGAGCUGGUCUUACUCUAAAUCUACGCAGCAGUAUGACGUGUGUUUUAGCUCAGACACACUGAAGAGUGACGUUGUGGUUUUCCCCGCGCCGUUUCCGCCUGCAGAUGCGGAGCUGAUCAGUAUUAAUGGAGCGGACACUUUUAAACGGAACCAAACGCUCCCUAACAGCGAGAAGGUAAGAGAUACCUUGUUUCAUGCGCCUUUGAGAAGCAUCGUAGAUGCCCCCAACCUCCCAUAA